AUGGCAGACGCAUUGUGGCCUGGCCAGGCCGCUGGCCUGGGCCAAGGCUGGGAACAACUAAGGGACGAACCGCUAUCGACAAGAGCAAAGAGUCAAGCGGACAGUAUGGAGGCUGACAAGCCGGUCCAGAGUUUCCACCCAACGAAAGAGGCGUCUUCUUCUUACCGCUGGAAAAAUUUUGCAGCGAUUGGGGCAGCGAUGCUGUUGGCUCUGACGCUGACGUUAGGAAUAACCAAGGCACGACAAAGGGCAGGAACUGACAUGGCGCCAUCAAAGCCAGAAUAUUUGCAGCCUUCUGAAGGAAGCCAGCAAGAAUUUUCUACAAAACAAUUAGAAGACGUCGCCGAGUCCCUGCAAGCCAAUAAGGUCCAGGCAACUGUAGCCGACGAAGUUACUGGAGGCACCGUCCCUCCACCUACUCCCGAACAGCAAGCAGAUGAGGCUGAAAAGGAGCCACAAGAGCUAGCAGAAGGAACGGCUGAACAAGCCUACUUACAGGCGCAGCACACGCCAGAUCCCCCAAUCGAGUCAACGCACACAGCGGCGCAUGGAGAAGAGGACAAGGUGAAGCCUCGAGCUGCUAGGGCUGCGGGGGGGCCGGAAGAAUCAGCAGAAUCAGGAAAGGGUAAAGAGGGAACCGGAGGUAGUUCUGUAGCGGAGUCUGGAGCAGGAGAGGAGGAGCCGCCGGCAGGCGGUGACAAUGUGAUAUCUCGAGCUGCUGGGGCUGCGGGGGAGCCAGAAGGCUCAGCAGAAUCAGGAGAGAGUGAGGAGGAGCCGGAAGGCAGUUCUGUAGCGGAGUCUGGAGCAGGAGAGGAGGAGCCGCCGGCAGGCGGUGACAAUGUGACAUCUCGAGCUGCUAGGGCUGCGGGGGAGCCAGAAGGCUCAGCAGAAUCGGGAGAGAGUGAAGAGGAGCCGGAAGGCAGUUCUGUAGCGGAGUCUGGAGCAGGAGAGGAGGAGCCGCCGGCAGGCGGUGACAAUGUGAUAUCUCGAGCUGCUAGGGCUGCGGGGGAGCCAGAAGGCUCAGCAGAAUCAGGAGAGAGUGAAGAGGAGCCGGAAGGCAGUUCUGUAGCGGAGUCUGGAGCAGGAGAGGAGGAGCCGCCUGCAGGCGGUGACAAUGUGAUACCUCAAGCUGCUGCACCUGAGACGGCUGAGCUCACUGGAGUAGGCGGUCCUGCGGUGCCGAGGGAGGCUUUUAAGGAGAAGCCGAUGCCGCCCGUAGAGGCGCCAGUGCAGCUUGGGCCUGUCACGACUCCAACACCUGAGGAGGAGGCGGCGUCGACAGAAGAUGGAGAGUUGAUUGGAGUAGGCGGUUGCUCGACACCGAGGGAGUCUCUGGAGGAGAAGCCGACGGCGCCCGUAGAGACGCCAGUGCACAUUCGGCCUUUCACGACGCCAACGACUGGAGAAGAUGAGGACUCGACAGAAGAUCAAGAGUCGACUCGAGAGGACGGUUUUUCGACGCCGACAGAAUCUUUGGACGAGAUCACGACGCCGCCCGUAGGGACGCCAGUGCAGGAUGGGACUUUCGCGACGCCAACGCCUGAAGAGGAGGCGGAGUCGACAGAAGAUGCAGACAUGACUGGGGAAGGCGGUUUUUCAACGCCGACAGAGUUUUUGGAGGAGAUGCUGACGCCCCCCGAAGAGACGCCAGUGCAGGUUGGGCCUGUCACGGAGCCAACGCCUGAAGAGGAGGCGGAGUCGACAGAAGAUGAAGAGCUGGCUGGUGUAGACAGCCCAUCCCCGCUGACGCAGCCUCUGGAGGAGAAGCGGACGGCGCCCGUAGAGACGCCAGUGCAGGUUGGCCCUCUCACGACGCCAACGCCUGAGGAGGAGGCGGAGUCGACAGAAGAUGAAGAGCUGGCUGGUGUAGACAGCCCAUCCCCGCUGAAGGAGCCUUUGGAGGAGAAGCGGACGGGUCCCGUAGAGACGCCAGUGCAGGUUGGCCCUCUCACGACUCCAACGCCUGAGGAGGAGGCGGAGUCGACAGAAGGUGAAGAGCUGGCUGGUGUAGACGGCCCAUCCCCGCCGACGCUGCCUUUGGAGGAGAAGCGGACGGCGCCCGUAGAGACGCCAGUGCAGGUUGGGCCUGUAACGGAGCCAGCGCCUGAAGAGGAGGCGGAGUCGACAGAAGAUGAAGAGCUGGCUGGUGUAGACGGCCCAUCCCCGCCGACGCUGCCUUUGGAGGAGAAGCGGACGGGUCCCGUAGAGACGCCAGUGCAGGUUGGCCCUCUCACGACGCCAACGCCUGAGGAGGAGGCGGAGUCGACAGAAGGUGAAGAGCUGGCUGGUGUAGACAGCCCAUCCCCGCUGACGGAGCCUUUGGAGGAGAAGCGGACGGGUCCCGUAGAGACGCCAGUGCAGGUUGGGCCUGUCACGGAGCCAGCGCCUGAAGAGGAGGCGGAGUCGACAGAAGAUGAAGAGCUGGCUGGUGUAGACAGCCCAUCCCCGCCGACGCAGCCUUUGGAGGAGAAGCGAACGGGUCCCGUAGAGACGCCAGUGCAGGUUGGCCCUCUCACGAUGCCAACGCCUGAGGAGGAGGCGGAGUCGACAGAAGAUGAAGAGCUGGCUGGUGUAGACAGCCCAUCCCCGCUGACGGAGCCUCUGGAGGAGAAGCCGACGGCGCCCGUAGAGACGCCAGUGCACGUUGGGCCGUUGGAGGCGCCAAAGGCCGAUGCUGAGGCAUCGGCGGACACAGAUGACGAAGUUGCCCCUGCAGGAGCUCCUUCGAAGCGGCGUCGCCGGAGAAGACGCCAUCGGCACCUGUAA